GAGGAGACAGAAUGUUGGGAAAGCGCCAAUGAGGGCACAAAGUGCUACGGGUGAUCCUCGGGUCAACCUCGAGUGACGUCCCGUUGUAAUCCCAUAAUAAUCUACAUAUUCGGUUUCCGAAUAGUCUUUACAUGUGUCUAUGUGGGGAGAUAGCAAAUACAGAGUGUGUUGGGGAUCGAAUAACACGCUAAUGAUCUUUAGAUUUUCCAUUCGGUUAUGUAGAAGAGUCGGGCCAUGGGAACUGUUGUAGCACUGUGGCUGACGGGAUUCUUAUUGAAGUUGAUAAUUUUGCCAGGAUCGACUCAAUCCCUUCACAGACGCUCUAUUCCUUCAUUGAAUUCAUCAGUAUGUACUGGAUGUCAAGCUCCAGUUAUUACUACAAACCUGUUAAAUGAAACUACAGAAGAAGGAAAAAAGAGUGUUUUAAAAUGUAUGGUAACUGGAUCACCAUUACCAGACAUAACCUGGUACAAGGGUAGUAUCAGUCUACACAACACCCAAAAAGGAAGAAUUGCAAUAAAAAGACUUGACUGGGGAUCCCGGUUAAAGUUCAAAACAUUACAAGUAUCAGACACUGGCAGAUACUUUUGUCAGGCAAAAAAUAAAGCUGGUGUUGGUGUAAGCAAUACUGCACACAUUAUUGUCAGGCCUAGGGAUGGCAGUUGUUUUAAUGGUUCUGGUGAACAUUAUAGAGGCCGUAUAAACAUAACAGAGAAUGGUUACACAUGUCAACAAUGGAAUUCUACUGCCGCCUACCCAGAGUUACAAGGUGGGCAUAAUUUCUGUCGCAAUCCUGGAGGGCAGAAGAACCAUCCUUGGUGUUUUACCACAGAUCCUAAUAAGAGAUAUGAUUACUGUAGCAUCCCACGAUGUGAAGAAGCUAAAUCACAUUCGUCAACUACGGCAGCCACAACUGAACUACAUGUCGGCCAUGAAGAUUUCACCUACCCUGCCCCCACCGCACAUCCAGGAUACUGUGUACGCUACACAGGAAACAAAUGUUCAUCUUAUAUCAAUCUUCUAAAGACUGUCUACAUCAAAGCAGUCAACCAGCAAAGCUCCAUUGAAAAGAAACUAGAAAUUGCACUGAAUGCGAUAUCAUCUUCAAAGAAACUAAGCGAUAAAUGCAAGCCUUACGUACUUCCUCUCCUUUGUCAUUAUCUGUUCCCUUAUUGCGAUGAUGUAGCAACAGACCCUAAACCAAGGCCAAUAUGCUACGAGGAAUGCGACUUGUUAAGGAAAGACAUUUGUCGAGAUGAGUACAUAGUCGCCAAGAGAGAGUCUUUGGAACACGUGUUAUUCCCGGAUUGUUCUUUGUUGCCGCUGAAGGAAAGCAAGGAAGGAAAGAAUUGUAUUCCAUUGAGGUUGCCGUUCACUAGAGGAGUCAGGUUCAGGGAACAGAAAGGCGAUCGUUGCUUUAACGGCACGGGCGAGCAUUACCAAGGUAACGUCAGUGUCACCGAGAAGGGAUACUCGUGUCAGCGCUGGAACUCCACAGAACCGCACUUCCAUUUAAUGUCACCUGCUGUCCAUCAUGAGCUGCGUGGUGGUCACAACUUCUGUCGGAAUCCGGGAGGAAAGAAAGACCGACCUUGGUGCUUCACCACCAAUCCUAAAAAGAGAUACGACUACUGUGCUAUAGCGCGCUGUGCAGAAGAAGUACCCACGAUCCACGUGGUCAGCAUCCUAUACACAGUUAUCCCAUGCCUUAUUAUCGCCAUCGUGUUUUCGUCUGUGGUCAUCAUCGUCUGCUGGAGGUGUCACAAACAAAUUAUUUACAAUGCCAAUCAAACGUCCACGCCCCUUAUGCCUGUCACUGUCAAGACUGUUUCCAAGAUGCAAGAAAUGAAAGAAUCUCUCCGUCUCUUGAAAGAACUCGGAGAAGGAGAGUUUGGCAAAAUAUAUCACGGAGAAAUCUCCACACAACAGGACAAUAAAUUGGUCGUCACUCAGGUACUCAUUUCUGUGCUGCGAAAAUCGCACGACCAGACACAACGACAAGAAUUCCUGGAUGGAAAAGAAACUUGGCUCAAAUUCGCGCACCCGAACGUCCUACCUAUUCUCAGUAUUCUCGACCAGGGACAACCGCUGUAUAUACUCUACGAGUAUCUAGAAUGCGGAACACUUCACGAGUACUUGAUCCGACACGCACCCAUCGAUGAUGCACUCGAAGACAGCGAAGAUGAUUCGGCAACACUUUGGUGCUACGACUUAUUAUCGAUUGCGUACCAGAUCGCAGCUGGCAUGAAUUAUCUAUCUGAUAUUGAUUAUGUACACGGAGAUCUGGCUACAAGAAACUGCGUGAUAGGGUCGAGAUUCGAAGUGAAGAUUACCGAUCUGGCUGCAACGAGAUCGGGUUACGCACACGACUAUUACCGACUACCCAACAGGCACCCCCUUCCCGUUCGUUGGAUGGCCCCUGAGAGCAUUAUUAGCUAUAGGUUCACUACAGAAUCAGAUAUAUGGUCAUUUGGGGUCGUUCUGUGGGAACUCUUUUCGUACGGUGCUCAGCCAUACUAUGGUUUAUCGAACGAGGACGUUAUGCAUCGGUUCAGAGAGUUUGUACUCUUGCCCUGUCCGUUAGACUGUCCUACCAGCGUCUAUUCCCUAAUGAACGACUGCUGGAAUAUUCUUCCUCCAAGCAGACCGCGAUUCAGCUCGAUCUACAAGAUUUUAUGCGCUUUAAGGUGUGAAAGUACUUUUCCGACGUUGCCAACGUGAAUGAAUUCACCAGGUCGACUUGUUUUCGAUGCGUUCCUUGAACACGAAAAUCAAUCAGAAGACAAAGAUAUGGCGUCAAGAAUGGUGUGUUUUUUUUACACGGUGGCGCAGAUUCACGCUACAUCCUAAGGAUAUCUAGACCAUCCCUGAUUGGAAUAAGUCAGUGUCUGCAAUAAGUUUCUAGAUCUAAAAAUCGUUAGUUGUAUCGUUGUACAUCUGUCGAGCAGCGGUUUAAUUUCGAGGCAUGCGCACUGAGAUUUUGCGCACGCUUUUGUUGGUUCUUUAUUUGUAAAUUGAAAAUUACCUUCGAAGGCGCUCUGAGUAGUGUGACAAUCAAGUCAAAGAAUCUUAUAAGUUUACUAGCUUUCUUCGGUAACUUUAACUUCAAAAUCGAUCGGAAAAUGGUAUUCAGUCAAUUUGGAUUUGGGUCAAAAUUCUACUCAAAUAAAAACGAUCUAAAGAAGUUUUCGCUAUCAUACAGCUUCUGAUUUUAAUGACAAAAAACUCCAAGAAUAUUAGUCUAGACAUUACUUUAACUACUCUAAUAAAGCCCACGACAAACUAAAUGGUUCAGCGGUAGUUUACAGGAGAAUUAGCAUACUUGUAUCAUCGUAUAGAUCCCCUACGAAAUUGUCCAAUCAAAUUAGAGAGUGAAGCUACUAACUCUUUACCAGGGGAAAAUUAAUAUACUUCGUGUUCUUCAGAAAGAGAGGAUCAUAGUAUUUGGGGUAACUUGAAAAAUAAAUUUAAAAAAUUACCAAUCUACAAAGUUUGUUAAGUUCAUGUAAAUUGUACAUUAAGUUUACAGAUAAAUUGUAGUUUUACAUAGUGUUUAAAUUGUUCUUUUGUAUAUGUAAAAACGAUGUAAAAUAGGUUGUAAAUUCCAUGUAAAUUAAGUUUUCAAAUAUGUAAACGAUACUUUAAUCAAAACUUUACUUUACAGAAACUAUACGAACUUUGUAAUAGUAAAUUUUUCAAGUGAUAUUUGUGGAUUGCAAGUAUUACCAAUAGAGUCAAGAGACAUGGCGGCCAUCUUGGUGGUACAAACAGUGGUUGCUAAUCAGAAACAUGGCGGCGAUGACGUAGCAUGCAAUCAAAGAGUAUGUCUGCCUUAGGGAGGGAGAGUUGAUCAUGAGUAAAUAUCUGUAGUUAGUCUCGAACCUGGGAUUAUCUUUAUGAAUAUAUAUAAUGUUUUGGUCUUCGGUCCAAAAUAUUCCAGAAUGAUUAUAGUAUUGAUAUCUAUUAGUUAUUACUUAAAUAGAGUCAUUACUAUAGUCGAUUUCAUUUACAAGGAAUUAAAAGAAGUUGAUAUUUA